UAAAGAUACAUAUGAGAAUUCACACUGGUGAAAAUCUUUAUAAAUGUGAAAUUUGUAGUAAGCAGUUUACUCAACUAAGUAAUUUAAAGGUGCAUAUGAGAAUUCACAGUGGUGAAAAACCUUAUGAAUGUGAAAUUUGUAGUAAGCAGUUUACUCAACUACGUAAUUUAUAUACACAUAUGAAAUGUCACACAGGUGAAAAACCUUAUAAAUGUGAUAUUUGCUCUAAACAGUUUGCUCAGAAAAUUUCUCUAAAUACGCAUAUGGCAGCUCAUACUGGUGAAAAACCUUAUAAAUGUGAAAUUUGUAGUAAGCUAUUUUCUACAAAAGGUAAUUUAAAGGAGCAUAUGAGAAUUCACAGUGGUGAAAAACCUUAUAAAUGUCAAAUUUGUUCUAAACAGUUUACUCAUAACACUUCUCUAAAUACACAUAUGGCAGUUCAUACUGGUAGAAAACCUUAUAAAUGUGAAAUUUGUAGUAAGCUGUUUACUACAAAAGGUAAUUUAAAGGAGCAUAUGAGAAUUCACAGUGGUGAAAAACCUUAUAAAUGUGAAGUUUGUAGUAAGCUGUUUACUAAAGUAGGUAAUUUAAAUACUCAUAUGAAAUAUCACAGUAGUAAAAAAUUUUAUAAGUGUAAAAUUUGUACUAAGAUGUUUACUACAACAGAUAAUUUAAAGGUGCAUAUGAAAUGUCACACUGGUGAAAAUCCUUAUACAUGCGAAAUGUGCUCUAAGCAAUUCGCUCAGAAAAUUUCUCUAAAUACUCAUAUGGCAGUUCAUACUGGUGAAAAACCUUAUAAUUGUGAAAUUUGUAGUAAGAUGUUUACUACAAAAGGUAAUUUAAAGAUGCAUAUGAAAUGUCACACUGGUGAAAAACCUUAUAAAUGUGAAAUAUGUUCUAAGCAAUUUGCUCAAAAAAUUUCUUUAAAUAAUCAUAUGGCAGUUCAUACUGGUGAAAAACCUUAUAAAUGUGAAAUUUGUUGUAAACAAUUUACUCAGAAAAUUUCUCUAAGUACUCAUAUGAGAGUUCACACUGGUGAAAGACCUUAUAGUUGUGAAAUUUGUAGUAAGCAGUUUAUUACACCAAGUAAUUUAAAGGAUCAUAAUAUGAGAUUUCCCACUGGUGAAAAACCUUAUAAAUGUGAAAUUUGUAAUAAGCUGUUUACUCAAAAAGGUGAUUUAAAUCGUCAUAUGAGAAUUCACAAUGGUGAAAAACCUUAUAAAUGUGAAAUUUGUAGUAAGCAGUUUACUAAACUAUGUAAUUUAAAGGAUCAUAAUAUGAGAUUUCACACUGAUGAAAAACCUUAUAAAUGUGAAAUUUGUAGUAAGCAGUUGAUUAAACUAAAUAGUUUAAAGGAUCAUAUGAGAAUUCAUACUGGUGAAAAACCUUAUAAAUGUGAAAUCUGUAAUAAACAGUUUACUGCAAAACAGAGUUUAAACGAUCAUAUAAGAAUUCAUACUGGUGAAAAAUCUUAUAAAUGUGAAAUUUGUAGUAAGCAGUUUACUCUAAAAAGCAAUUUAAAGGUGCAUAUGAGAAUUCACAGUGGUGAUAAACCUUAUAAAUGUAAAAUUUGUACUAAGAUGUUUACUACAAAAGGUAAUUUAAAUAUGCAUAUAAAAUGUCACACUGGUGAAAAACCUUAUAAAUGUUAAAUACUGAUACCUAAACUCCAAAAUUUCUCAACUGGCUUGUUCGGUUUACACAAUUUUGGUCCUUAAAUCAAAUACUCAAGCGGGCUACUGCAUUCUGUACUGUUUCAGCACAAAAGUCACUGAAAGUCGAAUAAUGUCGAAUGGUACAAUGUUGCCAAAAUUAUCGUUUUUUGUUGGAAAUGAUUUCUUCAACUAAAAAUGCCAAUCUAUUUUGUAUUAUAGUAAUCUAUUAUUAUUAUAGUAAUAUUAUCAUAAUAAUAAUUUAUCUUUUUUUUUUAAUAUAAACAAUACAAAAUAAUAAAUAACCAUAAACUUUAAAAAAAAUAUAUGAAACAUACUAUUAAAAUUUAAGAAAAACAAAUGGGUGCUAUUAUAGUAUGCGGGGUUGUACUAUAGUAUGCGGUCUACCAAGGUAUGCGGUGUAUAAGCCCCAUUAUGUUACAAUGCCGACAAGAAAAUCUUUACAAAGUGAAUAAAACGAAUAUAAGAAUUAUUAUUUUAAUAUUGCAAAUUAAUACUUAAUUAUAAUAAUUAAAUUUGUCGCAUCAAUUUGCUAUUUUAUUUCGGAAUAAGCAAAAUUUGUGGCUUAUUCCCAACUGAACUAGUAAAUUGAUAUGGCAAAGUAUUCAUUUGUAAAAUUAAAACAAUAAUUCUUGUGACUUUUGCGUUUUAUUCACUUUGUAAAGAUUGUUUUUGACGGUACUGUAUACAUGUGCGGUGUCAUAUAAGUAGGUGUAGGUUGUCCAUAAAGACCAAAAUACGAAAACCGAAAAAAGACAGUUGAGAGGUAUAAAUAACAUCAGAUUUUCUAAUUGUGGGAUUUGAUCUCGUGGCUGUUUUAGGUGUUUUGUGGCUUUCCAGAGACUAUAGUUAGUAUCGGCUGAAGGUGAUAAGUUUUGUAGAUAUUCUGCGAGUGGUUUAUUUUUAAGGCUUCUGUUUCUUUUAGCUGUCUUGCAGUUCAAUUGUAUCUUCGUCUAUCAUCCGGAUGCCUUGUUCUUUGCCAAGUGUUCCUUAGUCUUCUCUUUUCGUUAAUCAUCUCCCCUGAUAUUUGAGUGCCGGUUUACUUGUUUUUGUUUUGGUGUUGUGGUGGGGGUUGAUUUCCAUGCUAUCCCUUGGACCAGUGUUGUGAAGUACUCCACCUCCACCGUAUCUUCGAGUAGUACAUUCUUUCACGGUUUUUGCUCUAAAUUUUAAAGAACCCCUUGAAUUGACAUGAAAUUUGGCAUACGCAUAGCUUACAUGUCAUAGAAAAAAAGUGAUAUUGUGCCGAUGUGUGCUUUUGUCCUGGGGGUGACUUUCACCCCCUCUUGAGGGUGAAAA